AUGGCAAGUUCUAAUGGAAACCCAGAGCUCUUGGGAAGCACACAAACAACCCUGCUCAACCUGAGCACAAAGCACACUGAGGAUCUAACGUCAGCCGCCUCCCAGAUAUCAACACUGAAAGAAAAGAGACACAGUGACAGGCCAAAGGGGAGAAAGAAACCUGUUGCUGGAAGCAGAGACGGAUGGGUAAAGGAGGUUGUCGGUUUGCAAAAUGAACAGCGUCCCCAGUUACCACUGUCGCUCAUCUCUUUAAAAAGGCUGGUGGACAUUGAAAUGGAGUUAGUGCAUGGUGACGAACAGAACAUUACCCACAAGUCUCCAGCCUCCACCUACUCCCAAUUAAUGUGUCACAGCAGUGAAACAGCAGGCCCUCCAAGUGGACCUAAUCUCGCCUCUCUGACUCAGAUUGACAAACGGCUCGAUGCUGCUUUACAGGAUGCCGACAGGUACUACAGGCUAAAGAAAUACGCUGCUGCAGCUAGUCGCUUCACCAUUGCCCUACAGGACUGCUCCAAAGGUGCUGUGCUUGGGAAACCUUUUAGUGCUGAUUAUGAAGAUAUUUCCAAGGUUGUUGGCUUCAUCGAGUCCAGGCUCGCUGCCUGCUACCUGAGAAUGCAGAAGCCUGACUUGGCACUGCCACACUCCCACAGGAGCAUCCACCUAAACCCCAUCCAUUUCCGGAGCCAUCUCCAACAGGCAAUGGUGUAUCGAUUGCUGGGCAACCCCUGCGGGGCAGCGAGGAGUGCCAUGAUUGCUGACUAUGUGUACUGGCUAUCUGGAGACGGCAAGCAGACUAUAAGCAAGCUCAUCAAACUGUAUUGGCAGGGGCUGUUGGAAGAGGCUAUUCGCAUGAAGAAGGAUUUUUCCGUCUUGUACACCCCGUGCUCUGGGAAACCUACCAGAGAAGCAACCCAGAAGGCGGAGCAAGCCUUCAAGAAGCUGCACCCCACCUUCACUGCUUAUAUCUUUACUGACCCUGACGGAGGACACAUGUUGCCUACGACCACAGAUUGGAGCAAAUCAUCUUCCUCAAGCUUCAUCCUGACUCUGGGCUUCAGGAGGAAACGGGAUGGAAACUUCUUGAACAAACUGCUCCACAGGAACUGUCCCACAUUCACAGGGCCACAAGCUCCCUUUAUGCCACUGACACCUGAAGACCUUCAUGGCAUGUGUGAAACUUUAGGAAAGAAGAUUCUACCUGUGCUAGAUUUUAUCAAAUGCACCAAGCUUGCUGCUGGGUUCUCCACAGGCUCAGGGGUGAUUGAGAGGCUUCAGUAUGCUGAUUGUCUGUAUCAGCUGAGGAGAGAGCAGGAGCACGCACAGGUGCUGGAGCACACUCUAGCAGAGUUAGCAUUAGCGCCGUAUCUACAGGAAAUCAGCCCAUCUGACACCAGCCUACUGCAGGCUCUAAUGGCAGACACCAUGGACACCCUUGAAGGCAAGCGGACUGAUCAGGAACGUGUGUGGAAUGCAAUGCAAAAGGUGGGACUGAUUGAGGACUUGAUCUAUCAGUGGGAGAAGUCUUACUUGAAGAGGCAGGCUCACAAAACUGUCAAGAAACAGUGGAAGAAUGACAGUGAAGCUCUGAAACAGAAUGCUUUCUCCAUGCCUAAAGAGGUUACUUCAACACUUCCAGCCAUGCAAGGAGUUCCCCAAAAACAGCAUGCUCCAGCCACUGGGCCAAGCGAGCACUAGCUGGACUUCACAAACAGCCACAUGCAGCUUGAGACCCAGUUGAUCAUCUUCAGUGGGAGUGUUCUCCAGUCUCCAUUACUCUAUACUGACAGAAAUAAAUACACUCUACAGUUUGGUCCUCUCUCUGAUUUAAGGCCUCCUUUUUUAACCUGCCCUUGUUUAUUAGUUAGACACUGUCUCCAUCUCAGCUUCCUAGAAGACACAAAGCAACUGUGAUAGUUUAUAAAACAGAAACCAUGUUCUACCUCAUCAUACCAGCAUCUUCUGCAUGCACAUUUCAUCCAGAGGAGCAUCCGUAUAUCAACCGAUACAAACUUUGGAAAGCACUUUAUCUGUCCAUCAAUGGAACAAAUAGCUGUAUGUGUGGAUUUUAUAGUUGUCGGUGAUGCAUCAACAGAGAUAAUAAUUUUGCACUUGUUCCUGUGGCUUCCUCUGAGGAAGGCUAUACAGAAUAACAUUGUCUAAUAAUGUGCAGUAUAGGUUAAUAUAGGUUUGCAUGAUAGGGAGGCUAUGCAGCGCAUGCUGUUAUUGGAAAAUUAUAAACAACAGGGUGAUGUAAUGCUGUUACCACCCUGAAGCUGAUUAUUUUUCCAAUAACAGCAUGCCCUGAAUUCCUCUUAUAUCACAGCUAUUUACCAAAGCUAACAAUCUUUUUUUAAUUUAUUAAAGAACAACAUGUCAUAUUUUUUUAACCAUUUAUAGUGUUAUAAACAUUAUGUUUAAUGUUAUGGAACAGCCAUCAGUGAGUUAAAACAGACCAGCGAGCAGACGUUUCAGCCCAUAGCUUUCUUCAGUGGUCACCUAACAAACAACAGUUCAUCCCUUUUACAGACACAUAAUUGAAGACUGAGACCAGCUGAGCUUGAU